UCCUCUCUGUGAGUGUGAACGCGCAUGCCCCCCCUCCCCUCCACACCCCUCUCCUACCACCACCACUAGGUCGAGUCGAGGAGGAGGAGGAGGAAGAGGAGGAGGAGGAGGGAUGAGGCGCGCGGCGGAGGGGAAAUGGCUGCCGAAAACAAGCCGGAAGGACUGAAGAAGAUAAGAAAUCCAGAGCGAAUGGUCAGGAUUGCUGUUGGUUACACGGGACACACCCCUCCCAAGAGUGAUGACACUGACGCCAACAGUGAGCCGGGCCAGUUGAAAAUCUACCUUCCUAAGAAGCUACUAGAGUGUCUGCCCAAAUGUUCCUCUCUGCCCAAGGAGCGCCAUCGCUGGAACACUAACGAGGAGAUUGCUGCGUAUCUCAUCACUUUUGAGAAACAUGAUGAGUGGCUGACGACAUCACCAAAAACCAGGCCUCAAAAUGGCUCCAUGAUCCUCUACAACCGCAAGAAGGUGAAGUACAGGAAAGAUGGAUACUGCUGGAAGAAAAGGAAAGACGGGAAGACCACCCGAGAGGAUCACAUGAAACUUAAAGUCCAGGGUGUAGAGUGUCUGUAUGGCUGCUACGUCCACUCCUCCAUCAUCCCCACCUUCCACCGUAGAUGCUAUUGGCUGCUGCAGAACCCGGACAUUGUGCUGGUGCACUAUCUGAAUGUUCCGGCGGUGGACGAUAGCGGGAAGCCGUGCGGCCCUGUUCUCUGCUCUAUCAACACAGACAGGAAGGAGUGGGCCAAGUGGAGCAAGGAGGAGCUCAUCGGACAACUCAAACCUAUGUGUGCUGGAAGCAGCCUACACCAGAAAUGUUCCAGUGUCAAGCAGCGCAUCAUCUCCUCCAAGCAGGAGUCAGGGGCAGCAGCAGGGGGUGGCACUACAGUGGUUGCCGGCAUCGCAGCAGGCCAGCGAUCUGAGGAAGCAGAUGGCACAGAGGUCCAGAACAGUGAUGUGUCAGAGGGCCAGACUGAGCCCAGUCCCGGAGGGCGCAGGAGCAGAGCAGGUGGAGGUGACAGGAGAAAUGGCCGAAUAACUAAGCCCUCCCUGCUCCCGCAGAGCAGCAUGGAGGUGUCCUCCUCCACCUCCACUAACCAGGUGGAAGUCCCCGACACAACCCAGAGUUCCCCACUCUCAAUCACCAGUGACAUGGCUGACAGCCCAGCACUCGCCAUUGGUGCUGCUGGCCUAUCACAGAGCACUGCUGUGUUCAUGUCUGAGGUCACCACGCUGACUGGGGAUUCGGUUUACUCAGCUGGCCACACCCACCUGCUACCAUCAACACAUGAGAGUGCCACCGCUGGCAUCCUGUUGGCUGUUGCCCCUGAGAACCAGAGGUUUGCAUCAUUUCCAGGCGGGGUCGGCUUAGGAGAGGGAGCAGAGCUGGUUCUUUCCAGCUCGUUAGACUCUGGUGGAGGAGUUAGCCUUCCUGAGACUGCCAUGACGUUUGACCCUGACUGCUUCCUUAACAACCCCAAACAGGGCCAGACCUAUGGAGGAGGUGGAGGAAAAAAUGAGGGGUGUAACGGUAAUGAUGGGGGAAUCCACUGUUCAUCUAACGGAUUUGUCUAUAACCCAACCCUUGUCAACAACAUCAAGAAGGAAGCCACACCACUGGAGCAACCACUAGCCCCUCAGAGUAGCUAUGUAGGAGAGGGGACAGGCCUCAGCCCCAGCACCACCUUGGAGCAAAUGGACUUCAGUGCUGUCAUGUCAUCGCCAUGUGUCCCAAGUCUAACCCAGUCUGCUCACCACCCUUCGCCCAACCUCUUCCUCCAGGCCUCUGCACACACAAACCCGCCCUCCCAGCAGCAGACCAAUGGCACUGAGGGAGUACAGGAAUCAGAUGAAGCCCGGUCUUACAUAAGCCUGCAGAGAGACACCCCCAUCACCAACGGAGAUCCACACUCACACCUCCACCAAGCCAGCCAAGACCCACAGGCCCUUUGUGGAAGGAGUGAAAAAGGAGCAUCAGUAGCCUCUUUCCCUCUGACAAGCCAGGACACUCAUGUUGACCAGUCCAGCAGCGGGGUUCAUCAGGAGGUCGGCACCAAAGCUGCUGAGAAUGGAGGGGAGUUAAUGCUCAAGUCUGGAGCUGCUCAUGAAGCUUAUGCGAGUGUGGACACUGAGCGCUACCUUCAACCUACAGAUGACAAUGGAGGGGGUGAGGAAGGGGGAGGGGGCUGUGGAGCUGGAGGAAGUGGUGAAAAUGAAAUUCUUUGUAACGGUGUAAGCUUGUCAGGAGCUGGAGGCUCAGUGGUGGCCAGUCCUCAGUCAAUAGGUGCUGGUGCAAGCAUUGAGAGGGCACUCUACAAUUCCUCUCUCCCUCCACAAGGUGGAGGCGUAUCAGCUACGGCAGCUGGAGCAGGAGCAGCCAUCAGCCUGGAAGGUUUUGAGGCUUCAUUUGGAAGCCAGUUCUCUGACCUCAUCAAUGAUUUCAUCUCAGUUGAGGGGUCUGGAGGUGGGGUAGGGGCGGCUGUCACUGGGGUUCUGAUGCCUCAGGAGGGGGCGGUCGGGGAGGAGCAGGGCACAGGGGCAGGCCACCUGCAAGGCUCAGAAGUGGAGCAGGGAGCCUUGGGAAUGCUCCAGGAGACCGGGAGGCUGUUUGGUGUGACAGACUACUCCCCAGAGUGGUCUUAUCCAGAGGGUGGUGUAAAGGUGCUCAUCACAGGGCCUUGGUUAGAGUCAAGCAGCGAGUAUAGCUGUUUGUUUGAUCACAUCAGCGUCCCCGCUGCCCUCAUCCAGCCUGGUGUGCUACGGUGCUACUGUCCAGCCCAUGACACAGGACUAGUCAUGCUGCAGGUAGCUAUGGGCGGAGAGGUCAUCUCUUCAUCUGUGGUGUUUGAAUACAAGGCACGCGACCUUCCUGCCCUCCCUUCCUCUCAGCACGACUGGCUGUCUCUAGACGAUACCCAGUUCAGGAUGUCCAUCUUGGAGCGUCUGGAGCAGAUGGAACAGAGGAUGGCCGAUAUAACCAAUCAAAACCCCAGCUCAGAAACCAUGGCAACCAAGAGUGGAGGGGUGGAAGGAGGGGGAGCCACUGAACAGCAGUCUCAAACCUCUCCGGACCACAGUUCAUUUGAGGGUCGAGUUGUGGUUGUGUGUGAGAAGAUGAUGUCCCAACCAUGCUGGGCCUCCUCCAAUCAGCUCGUCCACAGUAAGAACUCCAGAGGAAUGACCUUACUCCAUCUGGCCGCAGCUCAGGGCUACGCUGGGCUCAUUCAGACUCUGAUCCGCUGGCGAACCAAGCACGCUGACAGUAUUGACCUUGAGCUGGAGGUGGAUCCUCUUAAUGUGGACCAUUUCUCCUGCACACCACUGAUGUGGGCUUGUGCUCUUGGUCAUACUGAUGCAGCACUGGUGCUUUACCAGUGGGACACAAGAGCUUUGGCUAUUCCUGACUCUUUGGGACGCUUGCCACUCAAUAUUGCCAGAUCUCGGGGCCACACGCGAUUGGCUGAGCUCCUAGAGCAGCUACAACAGAGUCCUCAAGCUCAAAGCCAGCCUGCUGAUAUGUGGAUGGACAGGUGGAGAGGAGGCUCUGAACUCGGUAGAAUAAGCAACAGUCACUCUUCUAACCUCAACUCAGAGGUUAGAACGAGGACAGAGAGCCAGUCAAACAACCAGACCUGGAACCAGACAGGACCCAGAGCUUCACAGGCAACCCAGGGAGAGCAGGCGGGUCCACCCCCGGCUAAGAGACUCAAACCCACCCAGCAACAACUCUCUGACUCAACCUCCAGCAACCUAACCUCUGGCCCAAACCACCUCAGUCCAAACGAUCACCUCUCCUCUCUCCCAAGCACCCAACAAACCCAACAUCCCAACCUCAGCAAUCGGAGCGCACUCCCCGCCAGCUUCAGUCCUGACUGUCCUCGGCUCCCCAGCAGCCCCCCCUUUUCCCACCUGCAGGCCAGGAUAGGGGCUUCGGGAGGGGGCGCCCGGUGGAGUCUAAGACAGACUCUGGGGCAACGUAGCCUAGCCAGGAGGAUUCUAGGGAAAGAGCGACUGGCUGUUCACCUGCGCCAAAGAGUGCUGACUGACAGAGGGGAGGAGACAGAGCUACUGACCUAUCAGGAUAACACAGAGGACUUGCAGGUGGACAUUUCAAUGCUGGCUGAUCACAUUAUGGAGACAUCCAAUGGUCGACUUAAACAAGGGACUAUGGAGACAGAAACAGACUCUGGAAGGCUGGGCCUCAGCAGGGAUGUCAGAUUGCUGUCUGGUUAUCUUGCUGAAGUAGAAAGGUUCCUUAAUGCCAAGCCCCAGACUCCCGGCCCGAAACCAACCUCUCACUCAGGGCCUGAGGCUAUGAAAGGGGAACGCUUGAAAACGGACUCAUCUUUUCUAGCCAUGACAGAAGCAGAGCAGAGAGAGCUGUAUGAGACCAUCAGGAAUGCUCUGCACUCCCUUAGAAAACACAAGGGUCCUAUUCAGGAGCAACGCAAAGAGAUUGCAGCAGUGAUUCAGCGCUGCUAUAAGAGAUACAAGCAGUAUGCACUUUAUAAGAGGAUGACCCUGGCAGCCAUCCUGAUCCAGAGCCGUUUCCGGAGUUUUCAUGAGAAGAGGAAGUUCCAACAGAGUCGCAGAGCAGCAGUCCUCAUACAGCAAUAUUACCGCUCCUACAGACACUCCCUCAGGUAUUCUACAAACAUGCAAACACACACCCUCGCUCACCAUUAUGGUCCAAAAAAAUCUCACCCUUGUGUUUUUGUCCACAGAGACCUUCUAACUAAAAAGCAGAACCAGGCUGCACGCAAGAUCCUGCGGUUCCUGCUCCGAUGCCGCCACAGCCCUUUGAUGGACCAUAGGCCCCUGAAGCGGGGUCAGAGAGCAGAAAAAGGCCAGGGGUCCUGAGAGCCCACCGCCAGGCCCCGCCCACAGCCCACUCAGCCUGUGAGCAAUCCCCUCUUUCCUCCUUCUUCUUUCUCCUCUCCAAACUAUGUUCCUCCCUGCCCCCUCUACUGUCCCUUCCAUCCUCGUCGCCCCCUUUUUCGCUCGCUCUCUAUCCUGUCUUCUCUCAAGAGGAAGAAAGAAACUUGCCAGACUGACAGAGGACAGGAUAGGUGUCCAUCAUGGCAGCUCAGACAGACAGACUACUAAGGCGAGCCCAGGGAUCUGGCUCCGCCCACAGCACUGAUCCUCCUCUGCAGUUUCACUGGGAGGCCAUCACAUUAACCUCAUGGCAUUCUUUGCACUCUUCAUGGGUAUGUUUCUUGGCAAGUCCACGAGCCAAACGGGAGCAAGUGAGGAAGCGGCUGGUGAUGUCACGGCGACGUUUGGAUGCGGUGGAAGGCUUCAACUUGCUUGCCAAAGGCAACUUUGACUUGCCGAACUCAUGCAAAACCUGUUGCGUUGUUACCCAAACAAUGAUCCAUGAAAGGAUAAGAAAACAUAAAACCAAAAAACUCACUUCUAUGUUGCAUUUGCAUGCUUCUUUUUAUUUGGCUUAUUCCUCCUCUCCAUCGUCCUGAAGAGCUUUCGUGGCAGAUCAUCCUGUUAACUCAGUAUAAUUAUCAUAUCACCCAUCACUCUGACUCACAAGGCUUACAAACCUAUCAAUCGGUCACAUGAUCAAAAGGGGAGGAACCACUUGAAUGUAAGAGGAGCAUUGUUUCCAUGAGGGUUGGGGUCUGAAUUAACGAUGUCUUAAUUUGUUACAUGGACUUUGUAUGGAGUUUGUUCUCAGAGGCGGCACUUUGCCAGCCCCACGUGGUGUGUCUGUGUUCGUUCAAUUCAAUGCAUGUGUUUGAGCCACGAGCUCCUGCAUGCUUGCCAAACUGCUUUCGUGUUGUUUCUUUUGUAUUUCUAUGUGUAGUUGUGUCUCACUGUUCUCAUCGACUUAUCCUUGCCCUGCGUAAUGUGAAUUGUGUAAGGACAAAUGACAUAUUUUGGGUGCUUUUUUUAAAAAAUUUUUUUUUAUUUAUUUAAGGGUCUGGUUAUUUAUUUAAUUGGCUCAAGAAUGGUUAAGCUUGAGACUGGUCCCCCCCACCCCCCACCCCGUGUGCUAAAAUAUGACAUGUUGCGGUGGUUUAAUGUCUCCGUUAGUUUGUUUUUUGCGUGGACCUCUAAAUCCUAACUGUGGUUUUGAGGAGAGAGUCACAUACAGUAACAUUGCCUUGACUUCUUCCUGACUCUGAGAGGUCUCUAUGCUAGCUCUGUACAGGACACGGGUCCAAUACCUACCCCUAUACAGGGCAUUGAUCCCCAUAUUAGCCCAUACGGGCAAUCAAAUCCAUAUUUUGGACUAUUGCAUAUUCCUGUAUAUAAACUGACGAGGUAAGGGGAUACGAGGACCCUGAAACUUUUUCAUAAGAGGACUGUAUUUAAGAUUAUAAAUUAUUUUACUCCCAUAAUGAGAACUUAACAUAGAGACCUGGCUACACAGGAUGGCUGUAUUGCUUGUAAAUAAUGUAGAUAUUACAAACUGAGUAAUGUGCAUGAUAUUUAAGACGAAGAAACAGCAAAAAGAACAUGUUAGUGGCUAUGGACUGUGAGAGGAUUUUAAUGGCUUCACCUUAAGAGUAUCCAGUAUAAGUGUUACUGAAAAGAACAUUUUGUUCAAGCAUGCAAAUGAAAAAAAAAUUAAUGUUAGAAUUCAAUAAGUGGGAAAACAAAGUUAGCUGAAACAAUGAUCUUUCAGACAAAACAUUUACACGUUGUGCUUUUGUUCCUUGGCUAGCAAAAAUCAAACACUUUUUUGCCAGUAGUGCCAAUUAUUAUGAAUGCUAUUUUGCCUAAUACUUUAUGUUGGGGGAAAAAAACCAACACCCAAAAGAUAUCAGCAAGAUGCACAGAGGCAACACACACACAGACAAUAAACAGUAGACAAGAUAGUAAUAGCUCAACUGUAGUUUGACUAGAGGAUGAUGUUGAAGAUGCAAUUAUGAAAAUAAUGGCGGUAAAGAUGCUUACAUUGAUGGUUUAAAUGUGGAGGCAUUGAGGGUGCUACAUUCUUUAUAAUGUGGUUGUGCUUCAGCAACAUACUACCUUUAGUUAAAACCAUUCUCACUAACAGAAUGUCUCCUUCACACUCUUUACAUAUCAUUUGAAUCCUUUUUUCUCCUCCUCAUCACUGCCAUUGUAUGACAUGUGCUUAAGAAUUCUGGAAAGCUCUGUUUAGGAAGUGCCUGCUCAAUAACAGAAAAAAAGUGCAAGCUAAUAUCAGGAAAUGUCUAUUGUAUGUUCUCCAAAUGGCUGCCAGUUACCCUUUUCUUUCUUCUAAAUUGUGUGUUAAAAGUGACAGUGGUGGACUUGGUCCACACCUGCAAGUUAGAUGCACUGAUUUGUCAGAGGUGUGAAUGAAUGCACCGACGUGUGGUGAUUACACGUUUUGCCCGCUUGUGUGUGCAUUUUACAGUAUUGGAUCCACAAAUCCACAGGAUUUUCUGUGUCCCCAGUCAAUUCAAACGUGUUAGUGUCAUCAGUGGGAGGAUCAUUUGACUUCCUGCACGGGAUCACAUUGACGUGUUCUUGUAGCAUUAACGUGAAGUAAGAACGCAGUAGUUUUCCAGAAAACAAAAGAACUGUGCUGUACGCUCUUGUCCAUUCUCUCUCUGUCUCACCCCGUGUCUCUCUCAGACGCACACAAUUGUACACAGUCAGACACACAAGAAGGCCACAGUCUUUCUCUCUGUGCUUAUGUCUUUGGGAACAGUUCAAUCUCUCCCUUAGAUUUUACUCAGGGUUAAAGAACAGGGAGAUGAUAUGUGGAGUGUCACUAAUUCAUUGCUAAAACACAGCUCUGUGUAUGCAUACUACAUGUGUGCAUGCAUAACGCCAUACAUUCAGGAUACUCUGCUUGUUUGUCCAGUGAUAACAAUCUCAUUCGCAUAUUGUAGUCUCAUUUUAUGAGGCAGUGAAUGUGAUCUAUUUGCUAAACUGUAAUCUGUGUCAUUUUUUUUAGUGAUUUCUAAGUAAUUUCUAAAGGUCAUAAACGCACAAGAUUUAAUACAAAGAAGUAGAAAAACUGUCCCAGUCACGUGUUACCUGUGUUAAAACACUGGUAAGUUGGAAGAUCUCCAAAAUGUGCACUUCCAUUAUUCCCCUCAGACACAGACUCCUCCCACCUCAGCACAACUCCUUUUUAGAUUGUCGACACACACACACACACCACAACACCCUUGCGCUUGUCAACUCACAGAUUGAAUGGCUAACACAGAGAGCGCGUGUAAAAAAAAUAAGAGAUUACGUCGAAAAAAGUAGUCUGAAAAAAGUUAAAAGAGACAGUUGCUGGUAGCCAUGCGCAGAGAUGGCCUCUGUUCUCAAUGGUGGCCCUGGAAAAUGAAUGGUAUAACCCUUCAGGCCUUGUCCUGAAGGGGGCCAAAACACCACAUUGCAUGCUAGAAUGGUAGACCCUAAUAGAUAUUCCAAGGCUUAGACCUCUCCACUCCUCUGUCGUCUGUCUCAUCUCCUGCUCUAUUCCAACCUUGCCUGCUGUUGUGUUCUCCAUGCCGAUCAUUCCUCUUCUUUUCUAGCCUGGUUUGACUUCCUAUGUUCUGCCUUUUUUUUUUGCAUGCACAAGCAUCACAAAACUGUUGAUGUUUUUAAGAGAAUAUUUUGUUGCUGAGGCCAUGCAAAGUGUUUUGAAUAUUGCCCUUAUAUGUGGAAAAUGUCCUCUGAAUGCUUUACAUAAUUUCUGCUGUAAAAUGAAAUCAGAAUAAAAAGAAAAUU